AUGAGGGUAGGUAGCAGACACCUCAACGACGAGGAAGAUGUCAGUGGAUGUGAGGUCUGUAUCAUCAGUGGGACCUGCAGUGACCAGUCUUCAGAGACCUGCCCAGUGGAGAGCAGAGGAUGCAGCACACGCUCACCACCAUCCAAGAGGAAAGUACCCAGCCUGAUUAGUUACUUUCAGGACCUCACAGAAGAUGGAGAUGAAGAUAGGGAUGGUUUGGUGGGGGACAGCAGUGUCUCUGGCACUCCAGUGACAUCCAAACUCUUCUGUGAGACCAGGACACCCUCUAAAACCUCAGCAUCCCUCUGUUGGCAAGCAGCCACGUCGGCAAGCACACCCAGGCUGUCCCCUGCCAGCCCUUAUCCCACCAUUGACCUCACAGAUGAAGACGUGAUACUCUGGAGCAGCAGUACCCCGUCGGUUGACAGGAGCCCGGACAGCCAUCAGGAGGGCAUGGGUACCACACAGGUCUCGGCCGACAAACUGUUGGCCCUGGGGCUGUCCAUCCAGUUCUUUAACCUGGCCGUCUUCUACAAGCUGGUUCCUUACAGGAAGGUUGUAUUCCGCACUCUGGAGAAAGCCAGGGUGCGAGCUGGCAAGACCUUCCCCAGCAGUGCUGAAGACUCACUGGAGGACCAGCUGAAGCCCAUGCUGGAGUGGGCCCACGGGGGCUUCAAACCCACUGGGACGGAGGGCCUCAAACCCAGCAACAAGCAACCAGAGAAUGUAAGUCGAAGACGCACAGCCAAUAACUCUGCUGUUUCUGAGUACUGUGCUCCACCCAAGCGCCUCAAGACAAAUAGCAAUGGGAAGGACCGAGGGGAGGACGAGGACAGCCGAGAGCGGAUGGCUUCUGAUGUCACCAACAACAAGGGCAAUCUGGAAGACCACUGUUUGUCCUGUGGUAGGAAGAAUCCUGUAUCCUUCCACCCCCUCUUUGAGGGCGGGCUCUGUCAGAGUUGCCGGGAUCGCUUCCUGGAGCUCUUCUACAUGUAUGACGAGGACGGCUAUCAGUCCUACUGCACCGUGUGCUGUGAGGGCCGUGAACUGCUUCUGUGCAGUAACACAAGCUGCUGCAGGUGCUUCUGUGUGGAGUGUCUGGAGGUGCUGGUGGGCACAGGCACAGCUGAGGAUGCCAAGCUGCAGGAGCCCUGGAGCUGCUAUAUGUGCCUCCCACAGCGCUGCCAUGGGGUCCUCCGGCGCAGGAAGGACUGGAACAUGCGCCUGCAAGACUUCUUCACUACUGAUCCUGACCUGGAAGAAUUUGAGCCGCCCAUGUUGUACCCAGCAAUUCCUGCAGCCAGAAGGAGGCCCAUUAGAGUCCUGUCUCUGUUUGAUGGAAUUGCGACAGGCUACUUGGUGCUCAAGGAGCUGGGUAUUAAAGUGGAGAAGUACAUUGCCUCCGAAGUCUGUGCAGAGUCCAUCGCUGUGGGGACCAUUAAGCACGAAGGCCAGAUCCAAUACGUGGAUGACGUCAGGAACAUUACAAAGGAACUUAUUGACGAGUGGGGCCCAUUCGACCUGGUGAUUGGCGGAAGCCCCUGCAAUGAUCUCUCCUGUGUGAAUCCUGUCAGGAAAGGCCUGUUUGAGGGCACUGGCCGGCUCUUCUUUGAGUUUUACCGAUUGCUAAAUUACUCACUCCCUGAGGAGGAGGAUGACCGCCCAUUCUUUUGGAUGUUUGAGAAUGUGGUAGCCAUGGAGGUCGGUGACAAGAGGGACAUCUCACUAUUCCUGGAGUGUAACCCAGUAAUGAUCGAUGCUAUCAAGGUUUCUGCUGCUCACAGGGCCCGGUACUUCUGGGGUAACCUUCCUGGAAUGAACAGGCCCGUGAUAGCUUCAAAGAAUGAUAAACUCGAGCUGCAGGACUGCCUGGAGUUCAGUAGGACAGCAAAGUUAAAGAAAGUGCAGACCAUAACCACCAAGUCGAACUCCAUCAGACAGGGGAAAAAGCAGCUUUUCCCUGUAGUCAUGAAUGGCAAGGAUGAUGAUCUAUGGUGCACUGAGCUCGAAAGAAUCUUCGGCUUUCCUGCCCACUACACAGACGUGUCCAACAUGGGCCGCAGCGCCCGCCAGAAGCUGCUGGGAAAGUCCUGGAGUGUACCGGUCAUCAAACACCUCUUUGCCCCCUUGAAGGACUACUUUGCAUGUGAAUAGUUUUACUCAGGACUGGAGAGCUCUGGGGUCUUGGGGCUAAUGCCAGAAAUUAGGAGUCCUAGUGAUCCUUGAAGCACCCACCUCUGCCCUUCCUUGGCUCGCCUCAGUGGGGUCUUACUAUAUAGUCAGCUCACUCCUGCUCAGCGGUAGCCGAGCCUCCCGACCCUACGGGGCACUUCCUGUGUACAGCUCAGACUAGCAUCUUAGAUCCACCCUACAUGCUUCUCAUGUUUUUCUCGGUUAAGACUUUAAAAACCAAGCCAGGUGGUGGUGGUGACGCCUUUAAUCCCAGUAUUUGGGAGGCAGAGGCAAGCCUCUGUGAGUUUGAGGCCAGCCUGGUCUAAAGAGCAAGUUCCAGGACAGCCAGGGCUAUGCAGAGAAACCCUGUGUUGAAAACCAAAACAAUCCAACUAACUACCAACCCAGAAGACAAAACAAAACAAAACAUAACACAAUAAGAGAGCCAUGGGGAAAACCGAACUUUGUUUCCACAGUCUUUGCUGCAUUUUAGUCAGCUGCAUAGUUUACUGUUUUGUUUAAUUAAAGUCAA